AUGGUAGCAGACUUCUUCCAAGAGACAUGGAAGUCUCUCUUCUUGCCAACACCAGAGAACCUAUCAGCCGAAGAAGCCGCUGCUUUGGAAGCUGUCAAAGAAAAGCACAAGCUUUUCGUACCAUCCCUGAAGCCUGCACAUGAAGUUAUGCUGCAGAUCUUGGCAGAGAAUGAACCAGAUACUGUCACCAUCGUUGCUGUCGGGCCACUCACGAACCUUGCUAUCGCUGCUGCAAAGGACCCCGAGACCUUCUUGAGGGUCAAAGAAGUCGUCGUCAUGGGCGGUGCGGUCGAAGCACCUGGAAACUCCCACACUACCAGCCCGCCCGUCGCUGGCUCCCCACUAGCAGAAUGGGCCACGCUCUUCCUCAACGCCACAUUCGAGAAGAACCUCUCGCUCAACCCGCAGCAAGAUCGUAGCAAUAUGGGUCUGCAGCUUCACGACCCGCUGACAGUGUGGUACGCGAGUUGCGCGGCGCACGAAGGGUGGGAGUUCAAGACGGAGGAUUUGAGGGUUGAGACUAGUGGGCAGUGGACGAGGGGAUGUAAGUUUUUUUUUCUCCCUUGGUGUGAAGAUGAUGGUGCUGGAUGUGAACUAAUGAUGAUAUGA